AUGCUGGGAAUGGUCCUGGACUCUCUGAGGGUGGCCUUCGUGCUGCCCUACCCAGUGGUCCUGGACUCCUUGGAGGUGAUCCUCAUGAUCCUCUACCCCGUGACCGUGAUUCCGUCCCGGAUUGUCGGAAACUUUGGCGCCCGACUCGUUGUGAUGUUCACUCUGUUCCUCGUGGUGGUCGCCCUCGUGGUGCUGGUGAUCGAAGUGUGGUGUUGCUGUCGCUGCUUCGUACUUCCUAUUGCUUCGUGCUGGGCGG